UGGUAAAUCUUUUGUAAGUUGAGCUGCCUUCUUGAGAGACCGACGAUAAGUAAUUGGCGCAAAUCAGAAAUGGCCUCAACUCUACACUCUCUCUCCUACUCAACUAUGCUUUCCACCCUCGAAUUCCAUUCAUCUCCCAAAAUUCACUCUUUAUUUCCCACAGUAGAUUCCGCCUGUUUAUUGACAAAUUCUCUAAAAUUGCCCACUAAAAACACAAACAAGAACUUCCCCCAAAUCAAUUGCUGUUCAGAAAAUCAAAGUAGAAUCACACUCAGAACUUGCAAAUUUUGCAAGACCCAAUUCGAUCCAGCUCUUAAUCACCCUCUUGCGUGCCGAUUUCACACUGCCCAUUUUGGAGGAAGAAAAAGAGGUACCUGCAGAUGGACAAGCAUCGCCAUGGAUAUUGGGGAGACAAAGAGGAAGUUUGAGAGUGUCCACACCGGAGGUACAAUGAACACCCCUAACUCCGGCCAAGUUCUCGAGUAUUGGCAUUGUUGUGGAUCAGAAGACCAAUUUGACCCCGGAUGCACAUCAGCUCCACAUUCAUCAUACGAUGAUUGAUAACGCUCCGCUGCCAGUUGCAAAUUUAUGUGCCAUGGCUAUUUCAAGCUUUUGAUUCUUGUAAAGUAGUAGGGUAAGCUCACAUAUGAUUGCACCUUCUUGUGGCAUUCCAUUGUCAACACUCGUUAUUCAAAGAAAAUACUCUCGUUCGCUAAA